AGGAGACUCAGCGCCAAACCGCCCAACAGCAUGCUUGUUGUCGAGAUCCUUCUGCUGAGUUUAUGUCUAUGCUUGAUAUCAUCGCCAUUAGGACUUGAGAGCAAGAGAUGCACGCUUGGGUGAGUUCAAAGUUCAACGUGUCACGUUUGUAUUUGUGGAGGAAAAGGUUCCGAGCUGAUGUUAUCCCCCCCCCCCAAAAAAAAAAAUAAAUAAAUAAAUAAAUAAAUAAAUGGGUGAAUAAGGAUAAUAAUUAUUAGUUCUCAUCUCCGAAUGCUGAUUGGUUGAAGGACCCUCUUGUGGUGGCUAUCCUAUGUGACAUCCCAAAUUCCUCUGGGGAUGGAUGCAGUGCUGUGCAAUGACAUAGGAAAAGUGGUGCGGAGGGGGCGGUCCGUUCCGGGCGGUACUUGUUGUCUUUUUAUGUGGCAGGGGUGGGGCCAUUUUCGGCCAAAUGAAGAGUGGUUUUCUUGGAAGUGGGCGGCAAAACUCUUGGCCAGCCCCAGGGCGGCACACAUCAUAUCGGUGUGUCUUGCAAUAUGAAAGGGAUCCUUGGUUUGAGGGCAUUACAGAGAUAUCUUUACAUACUCUAUGAGCACAAGAUUCGGGGGCUUAGCCCUUAAUGAGUCAAGAUUUUUCCACCCCCACAACACACCCAAAAAAAAAAAAAAAAAAAAAAAAAUACAGCAGCUCUGUCAAUCGCCAAUCAAUAUAUUGAAAAAAGUGACGCCUGGCAUGGAAAUCCUCCCCGACUCUCUCUCUCUCUCUCUGGCCACAUCCUCUUAUGACUCUUGUUACAUGAUAUUAUUCUUGGCUUUGACAGUGAGAAAAAUCAACGAAAUAUCUUUAAAGUGUUUCAGGUCCAUUUUAUAUUUAGCAUGUCCAUUUCAAGAGACGUAAUCUAAUCUUUGUCGUCCCCUCGCCCCCCCCCCCCCCCCAAACAACCAGGGACCAGUGCCACUUCAACCAGCCCAUGUGUGGCAUGUGUGGAAAGCCCAUCAACGUGACCCUGAAGGCCAAGAACCGCCUCCAGCCUCCCAUGUUUACCAUCACCGCCAUCCUUGAGAACGUCCCUCAGCGACAACUGCUGUACUUCCUCGAGGAUGCAGCCAACCAAGUCAGCACUUUCAAGUAGGGCUGUUAUUUUGUGUGUCGUAUCUAGAGACCGACCGAAAGUGAUUUUCUGAUUUCGGCCGAAGCCGAAAAUAGGCCAAAAGUUUAAAAUGACUCUCGGCCGAAACCGAAAAAAGGCCGAAAGUUUAAAAAUGACUUUCGGCCGAAACCGAAAAAAGGCCGAACGUUAAACAUGAAUUUUGGCCUAAACGGAAGCCGAAACGGAAGCCGAAACCGAAGCCGAAACCGAAAAUGAAAUAUUAAGAUAUUUUGAAAUUCGUUCCGGCAUACAUUCUGCUUACAUCGAAAAUGAUGUGGGAAAGUAUAAAUAUUUACAUUCUUUUUAUAAAAAUGAGAUAAUGGUAAAUAUUAAUAAAUAAACAUCUAAUUUAGGGGUCUCAAACUCGCGGCCAGCGAGCCAUUUGUGACCCGCAAGACGAUAUUUUGCGGCCCGCUACAAGACAGAAAAGUUUAGUGUAAAUGCGCCGGCCCGUUUCCCCCAUUCUCAUAUCUAUAACGUGACUCUCCACGACAGUUUCAGUCGAUCUCACCGACUAAUCUAAUUCUGAUUUUUUUUUUUAACGUCUCUAUAUAUUUUUGUAUGCCAGGUCUCUGGCAACAGUGAGUAGUUCUUAAGAUCCCUUAAUUAUUUCAUUGUUAUUUAUUUAUUUAUUUAUUUAGGCAUUUUUAUAUAGCGCUUAUCAUAAAGCUCUAAGCGCUUUACAAUUAUUAAAACAUGUAAACUAAGUAAAUACAAAUGGGACACUAGGAUAGUAACUACUAUUCUAUAGAAACAAUGAACAUGGCUAUAAAAAGAGGACACUUUGACACUUCAGGAUUAAACCGAAACAGAAAAUUAGGUAGGGCAAGGAGGGUGCAUCACAGGUCAUAGGCGGACCUAAACAGAUGAGUUUUAAGGACUUUUUGAAAAUGGACGAGGUUUCACUAUGACGUAUAUGGAAGGGGAGCUGGUUCCAGAACGUGGGCCCAUGGAAGCAGAAGGAGCGUUCACCGAUGGUCUUAGUUUUAGUUCUUGGGAUUGAGAGGGUUCUACUGUCAAUGGAUCCCCAUAAUUUGAGUUUGAUACCCUUGAUCUAAUGAAUACUUUGGAUUUUACCAUUUUAAUAUAAAAGUUAUUUAAAUUGCUUUACAAUUUUUUUCAAAUUUGUAUGGUAGGAUAAAAUUUGGCAAAAAUUGGGGAGGGGGGGGGAGGGGAAAUUAAUGCAAAAUAUUUUUUUUAAAACCGGGUCUCUAAAAAAUAUGGUUCUAAAAGAUCACUUAAUUUGUUUUUAAAGAUCGUUUAGUUGGUUUUUAUUGAUCGGUUAGUUUGUUCUUAAAGAUCGGUGAUUUUGUUCAUAAAGAUCGCUUAGAUUGUUCUAAAAUAUCGCUUAGUUUCAUCUUAUAGAUCGCUUAAUUUGUUCUUAAAGAUCACUUAGUUUGUUGUUAAAGAUCGCUUAGUUUGAUGUUAAAGACUUUUUAGUUUAUUCUUAAUGAUCGCUUAGUUUGUUGUUAAAGAUCGUUUAGUUUGUUGUUAAAGACCGUUUAGUUUGUUGUUAAAGAUCGCUUAGUUUGUUGUUAAAGAUCAUUUAGUUUGUUAUUAAAGAUCGCAUUAGUUUGUUGUUAAAGAUCGUCUAGUUUUUGUUAAUGAUAGCUUUAUUUGUUCUUAAAGAUCGCAUUAGUUUGUUGUUAAAGAUCGUCUAGUUUUUGUUAAAGGUAGCUUUAUUUGUUCUUAAAGAUCGUUUAGUUUGUUCAUAAAGAUCGCUUAGUUUGUUGUAAAUUCGCUUAGUUUUUUCAUAAAGAUCGCUUAGUUUGUUCUUAAAGAUCUUUCAGUUUGUUCCUAACGAACAUUUAGUCUUCUGUUAAGGAUCGCUUAGUUUAUUCUUAUAAGUCAUUAAAGAUCAUUUGUUUUGUUCUUAAAGAUCGUCUAGUUCGCUCUUAAAAAUCGUUUAGUUUGUUAUUAAAGAUCGCUUAGAUUGUUCUUAAAGAUCGCUUAGUUUGUUUUAAAGAUCGUUUAGUUUGUUUUUAAAUGUCACUUAGUUUGUUGUUAAAUAUCAUUUAGUUUGUUCUCAAAUAUCGCUUAAUUUGUUCUUAAAUGUCGCUUAGUUUGUUGUUAAAUAUUGCUUUUGCUUAGUAUUAAAUUAAAUAUUGCUUUUGCUUAGUAUUAAAUGACCGAAAACAUGAGUCAUUUUCGGCCGGAUGGCCGAAAGUCUAAGUCAAUUUCGGCCGAAACCGAAGAAAAGCCGAAAGUUAACUUUUCUCUUUCGGCCGAAACCGAAAUUAAGCCGAAAGUUAACUUUCCAGUUUCGGCCGAAACCGAAAAUUGGCCGAAAGGGAUAAAAUGGCCACUUUCGGCGCCGAAACCGAAGCCGAAAUUCGGUCGGCCUCUAGUCGUAUCUGACCUCUGUCUGUGUCGGGGUAGACGGUGGGUCACAAAGGGGGAUUCUGAGGGUCGGCCCUUAUCACCGUUGGUUGAAAAGACUUCACGUCUUCCAGCACGCGCGUCUAUAGGCAGUGAACACACACACAAACUCUGAGCAAUUAUUCGUGGGACGAAUAAUCUAUGUGGGGAAUGUUCUGUGUGUGAAGAAACCCGUUGGGGCCUAUUUCAUGUGUGAAGUCUUCGUGUGAGAAGUUAUCCUGGGGUGGAUUUUCGUGUGGGGAAGUUUCAAUUGAAAAUUUUCGUAUGGGGGAAUAAUCCAUUCCCCGCGCCUAUCAUAUCGCCGUAAAUGAAUCAGUGAGAGAUGUUUGCUUUGUUUUUGUUAAGAAAACUUCCACACAUACGUUGACUUCACGAUAGUGGAUUUUUUAUAUUUUUAUAUUAUUUUUUUUUUUAAAUUUCAAUUUCAAUGAUUUAUGAGCGGGUUUGGUUUGGGGAAAAAAAAGGGGGGGGGGCAAUGUUCCCUUUAAGCUACGCACAGCUAAUUUCCACUUAAGGGUGUGUUUGUGACUGUAGGCUGUAAAAUUUUGCGGACAAAAAAAUUGAUGCUGUAAAAAUGUGCACACAACUAUAUGAUUAUGCACGCGAACCAACAAACCUUAGAGGGAACAUGUCAAUGUUCCCUUUAAGCUACGCACAGCUAAUUUCCACUUAAGGGUGUGUUUGUGACUGUAGGCUGUAAAAUUUUGCGCACAAAAAAAUUGAUGCUGUAAAAAUGUGCAAACAACUUUAUGAUUAUGCACGCGAACCAACAAACCUUAGAGGGAACAUGGGGGGGGGAAGGGUAUUUGAAACUGAUAAAAUAACCUGCUGUUAUAUUAUGGCCUUUGUCUUAACCCACUUUCACUUCAAAGUAGAGCUAAAGAGUUGACAACUCCCUUCCCCCGUAUGUGUUUUGAAAUUGACGUCACCUAGUACUUACAUGUGCCGUGUCACUUCUUACCAACCCCUCCCUUGAAUGGGAAAAGCUUGUUUACGUUAGAAUGCGUUCUAUUUGUUCUAAAGAAUGUUAUCAUGUGACCCAAUUUCUAGAAUUUCUUUAGUGAAUGGUUCUGAUUGAAUCCCUAUAUUUAGGCCCGCAACUUUCCUAGCAGGGAGAGAUAUUUUUUUGCUACUUUCCCUGGACAUAUACGAGACGCUAUUUAAGUACAAGACUAUACGCUUCUUGUGUGAUUGUGUAAAAUAAUGUUUGUGUUUUUCAAGACUUUUACCUUUUUCACUUGCUGUGCUAUAAGUUGAUACAGUUUUUCCCCCUGUAUUUUUCAAUUGUGAAUAUUUAUAGAAAUUUAAUAGAAAAAUGAAAUAGGAUAUUGUCAGUAUCACUAGCCUCAGUAUGAUUUUCCUGUGUACUGGUUUAAGUCCUUUGCUACGUAUUGUUCAUUCUACCGGCCAAAUCUUAAAAACAGAUAAAAAUUUUAAAACCAUAACGGUGCGUAACUCGACACGUCGGUAUGUAACUCGUCUGCAGAGGCGUAGCGAAGGGGGGGGGACCAAUGUCCCCGGGCGCAAGCUAGUUAGGGGCGCCAAAAUGUGAUUUAAUAUUAUAUUAUGGGUAAAAAUAAUGGGUUUGAGAGUUGAAAAAAGAAAAGGGGGCGCGUUAAAAUGGAUCUUGUCCCCGGGCGCGAAUCUUGUCCCCGGGCGUCAAACACCCUCGCUACGCCUCUGCUCGUCUGUACUCUUUCUCGAAACACUGCAUGUUUUUGUUUUUUUUUGUUUUUUUUAAAUUCCUUUUUUAAAUUGAUGAAUGUGCAAUAGAUAGAUGGCGUUUAUUGAUGGUUACAGGAAAAGAGUGAAAGUUGAUAGGGUGCGUUGCAUUAAGUACAAGUUGACCUCUUCAUUAAAAAAAACGGGGGGGGGGGGCUAGCAGGGGGUGGGGGGAAGUACUUGUUCGUUUUUUAUUGACCUUAAUAUUUGUGUUUCAUUUCAGCAAUUUGCGUCAUUCCUGAAUCUCACAUGGCUCAUGUGUGCUUUUAUAUAUGGCUCAUGUGUGCUUUUAUAUAUGGCUCAUGUGUGCUUUUAUAUAUGGCUCAUGUGUGCUUUUAUAUAUGACUCAUGUGUGCUUUUAUAUAUAGCUCAUGUGUGCUUUUAUAUAUGGCUCAUGUGUGCUUUUAUAUAUAGCUCAUGUGUGCUUUUAUAUAAGGCUCAUGUGUGCUUUUAUAUAUGGCUCAUGUGUGCUUUUAUAUAUGGCUCAUGUGUGCUCCAGGGUUAUGAAAAUAUAAAUGUAAAUCAUAAAUACAAAUAAUAUGUAUUCUAACUUGAAAAACGAAUCGAUCAACUCAUUUUAUAUCCUUGUCAAAACAGUCAAACCGCACCUAAGUACUUUUUCUACUCUGCCCUUCAGACUUUCCCCCCUAGACUACAAGAAUUGACAAAACUUCACCUCAAUUGAAGAGUACAAUUUAAGCCACACACAUUUUUUUUUUCUCAUUAGGUUCAAAACGACCUAUUUUUCCGGUCUUGGUUACUAUAUCGAAUCGAUCAAUAAUGUGCCGGCGUCGAUCUCAAACAAUACCUACUGGCAAAUCAAUAGUGGUGGAAUACCUUUAGAUUGUGGUAAGUAAUUUCGGUAUUGAAUAGUGGCGGAAUACCUUUAGAUUGUGGUAGGUAAUGUAGUUUCAAAUAGUGGUUCAAUGCCUUUAGAUUGUGAUAGGUAAUCCAGUUUUUAAUUGCAAUGGAAUACCUUUAGAUGGUAGUAUUAUAGGUAAUCCAGUUUUGAAUAGUGGUGGAAUACCUUUAGAUUGUGUUAGGUAAUCCGGCUUUCAACAGUGGUGGAUUACUUUUAGCUCGUGUUAAGUAGCACAGCUUUCAGGGAUUAUUUUGCUUAAGGUGGUGUUAAGGGCUGGAUUUAAGAUCGCAGCUAUAUGAAAUGUGGAAGCCCAUUUGCGGCCAACAAAAAUCAACAGAAGAUAUCACAUCUGUAUACGAAACGUAGAUUUAGGGUCGGCAUGGGAUCAAAGAAAGUUUAUCCACAAAUCACUGCUUCUCAUGUCCAUCCAUGAUACCAUUAUAUUACCUCACAUGUCAUGUUUCAUUAAAACGAGUUUUCCAAAAUUUAGUAUUUAAAUCUUGAGUGCAAAAUAUUUGCAAUAGCAUUUGAACUACACGUCCUAGACCAGCGGUUCUCAACCCGUGGGUCGCGACCCCUUCGAGGGUCGAACGACGGUUACACAGGGGUCACCUAAGACCAACGGAAAACACAUACUUAUGAAGUAGCAACGAAAAUAAUUUGAUGGUUGGGGUGGGGAGGGGUCACCACAACUUGGGGAACUAUAUUAAAGGGUCGCGCCAUUAUGAAGGUUGAGAACCAUUGUCCUAGACCAACUGGCCCCUUUGACAAAUGUUUGUUGUCUCCAUCUCAGGUGUGUCCAACUAUGUUCCAGAGUGCGGUGAGACAAUUUUCUUUAAUUUCACAACCUACGGGGACGCCGACCACUUCUAAGAAGGGGAGAAGAAAGAAAAAAAAAGAAAGAAAAAAAAAAAAAAAAAAAAAACCAAAAAAAAAAAAUUAUUGUGUACCGGUAUUUCCAUUCGCCGAUCAAUAUCAGAUCUACGUUCCUCAAAACGAGCCUGGAAGAAAACCGGAUGUUUUAAUUGGAUCUUUUUUUUUUUUUAAGUAAACGUUAAGCAAUUAACUCCAGCUGUAAAGCAGCCCUGGCCUGUACUCCAACAUAAAAAAACAUGCUUUCAUAAAAAUGAUCAUUCUUGCUUUUUACAAUUUUUUAACUAGCAAGGAAUGGGUUUUUGUUUUUUUUCUACAUUUUUGGCCUGGGCUAUCCGUGAGUCGUAACCAUUAAGAUGUAAAGAACACUAAAUCAGCAAUGGUCAAUUUACCAAAGCUUGAGGACGUAAGACAAUUUACUGGCAUAGAUAAAUAUGGGAAACAACUUUUUUUUAAACGAAGAAGAAUUGACCCAAAUUAACAUCACGAUAUUGAUGUUAUUGUUAUUAUUAUUAUUAUUAUUAUUAUUUUGCUUCACACAACAUCAAAAAUAAUAUUUUAUUAAAGACACCAAUGACAACAAAAUCAUUUUAUGGUUUUAAACAUAGGAAUAUUUGAACAAUUUCAUG